AAAACAAUUCUAGGAGAGAUGGAAUGGGAAUGGAGCUAUCUGUUUGUUUCUGCAAUAAUCUUGUUACCAGCUUUCAUCCUAUUUUUUUCUCAGAAAAAGUCUAAAUGUUCCUACAAAUUACCUCCCGGACCACCAGGAUUACCAAUUUUUGCUAACAUGUUUGAACUAGGAAUCGAACCGUAUAAAAGAAUGGCAGGUCUAAAACAGAAAUAUGGUCCUGUUUUGUGGUUAAAACUUGGCCCCUCAAUCAAGAUUAUGGUUGUUCAAACAGCUCAGGUUGCUGCAGAGUUAUUCAAGAACCAUGAUAUUUCCUUUGCAGAUCGACCAAUGGUCGAUGUAAAUUUAGUGCACAAUUACUAUCAAGGCUCUAUGGCUCUAGGCCGAUAUGGCUCCUUUUGGCGCUUUCAAAGGCGGAUAUGUACCGUGGAAAUGUUCGUACACAAAAAAAUCAGUGAAACAGUGCCAGUUAGGCGAAAAUGUGUCGAUAAUAUGUUAAAAUGGAUAGAGAAAGAAGCGAAUUCUGCUGAAAAAGGAAGUGGGAUUGAGGUUACGCGUUUUGUGUUCCUGGCAUCCUUUAAUAUGCUAGGCAAUUUGAUUCUGUCGAAAGACCUGGCUGAUCCAGAAUCCGAGAAGGCCUCGGAGUUCUUCAAUGCCAUGAAGGGAAUCAUGGAAUGGUCAGGUAGUACUAAUGUUUCUGACAUAUUUCCAUUUCUUAGAAAGUUCGAUUUACAAAAAUUGAGGAAGAAGAUGACGCGAGACAUGGGGAAGGCCAUGGAAAUCGCGACUAUAUUUCUCAAGGAACGCGAGGAAGAACGAAAGAGGGGUUCGGAGAAGGGGAAAGAUUUCUUGGAUGUGUUGCUUGAAUUUGAAGGUACUGGAAAAGAUGAACCAGCUAAUUUAUCAGAACAUGAGAUCAAGAUAUUAAUAAUGGAAAUGUUUUUAGCCGGUUCAGAGACGACUAGCAGCAGCGUAGAAUGGGCACUAACAGAACUCAUGCGCCAUCCAGGAGCAAUGAGCAAAGUGAAAACAGAGAUAUCAAAAGUAGUAGGACCAAACAGGAAGUUUGAAGAAAGUGACAUUGACAAUCUUCCUUAUAUGCAAGCUAUAAUCAAAGAAUCACUUCGUUUACAUCCUCCUCUACCUUUCUUGAUCCCAAGAGAGACAAUUCAAGACACCAAGUUCAUGGGGUAUGACGUACCAAAAGGCACUCAAGUGUUGGUAAACGCUUGGGCGAUUGGAAGAGAUCCUGAAUGUUGGGAAGACCCUAUGAGUUUCAAGCCUGAGAGAUUUCUUGGCUCAAAAAUAGACGUGAAGGGUCAGCAUUAUGAGCUAAUUCCAUUUGGUGCUGGACGGAGGAUGUGUGUUGGCCUGCCUUUAGGCCAUCGCAUGAUGCAUUUCACUCUGGGAUCACUGCUUCAUGAAUUCGAAUGGGAGCUUCCUGAGGGUGUCUCUCCUAAAUCUAUCAAUAUGGAUGAAAGCAUGGGAGUAACAGCCAGAAAAAGCGACUCUUUAAAAGUAAUACCAAAAAAGUCUUAAGAAUUUACAGCUUGUCUGGAUAGUAGUUACGUAUCAUUUCAUAAUGUAUCGCAUUGUAGUGUAUUGUAUUAUUUAAUUUGACAAAUAUAAUAUUUGGAUAGAUUAUAUUGUUUCCAUUGUUACAUACAAUAAGUAACAACCAUCCAAACAAGCUGUUUAUCGUAGUAAAUCUAAUCGAGCCAACAAGUAUUUUGAGUCUUUAUAA